AUGGAGCCGUUUAUGAAGCCUCCUUUAGAGAUGAACUUUUCCACAACUGAACAGUUGUCGUUGUCCGAAAGAUGGAGACGAUGGAAGGAAACUAUGCAGUUAUAUCUUGGAUUAAACAUGUCUAAAGCCAGCGAGAAAGAACAAUGUGCGGCGUUCCGGUAUGUGAUCGGACAAGACGGGCGAGACAUUUAUAACACAAUGAAGUUUACAGAGGCUCAAACGGACAAAAUCGACGUGUUAUUCGCGAAGUUUGCCGAGUAUUGUGAACCCAGAAGAAACACGAUUAUGGAAAGAUACAAGUUUAAUACGCGAGUGCAAAGAGACGACGAAACAGCCGAUCAGUACGUAACUGAACUUAAAUUGCUCGCUAAGAAUUGCAACUUCGGGUCUCUUGAGGACGAGUUGAUUAGGGACCGCGUUGUUUACGGAAUAAAAUCGGAGCGUGUGAGAGAACGGUUAUUGCGAGAACGAAAGUUAACGUUAGAUAAAGCGUUAGAAGUAUGUCAAAUAAACGAACAGUCUGAGGAACAACUAAAAGUACUAAACGAUGUUCAGAGCGUCAAGGCCAUAGGAAAAUAUAACAAAUCAGGAAAUUAUCGUAGCAAAUUAGAUGCAAAUCGAAGGCGUGAUUUCAAGCAUAACGGCGGCAACAAACAAGAACAAGUAUCGUGUUGCGGAAAGUGCGGAAAGUCUCAUCCUGCGAAAGAAUGUCCAGCUUUUGGUAAGAAAUGUUUUAAGUGUGACAAAAAGAAUCAUUUCGCUAAAUUCUGCAAGUCAAAGAAAAUACAUGCAGUAGACAAAGCGAGUACAGAUGACGAACCGUUACGAGCUUUCAGAAGUAGAUGGAAUCUUGUUGAAGCAAGACAAGAUUAUCAUACCCCUCAGUAUGAGAGGAAAGAUGCUAGAAAGAAUACACGAGAGUCACAUGGGCAUAGAGAAAUCCAAACGACGAGCAAGGGACAUCAUGUUUUGGCCAAGAAUGAAUGA